UAUAUCAAUACUCAUCCCUCUUGCACCUGAAGACUUUGGAGAAUGUAGAGAGAUUCCUGAAAACCCAAAAACCAAAACCCUUUAGAUUUCAUAACGAUUGGUAUUCUACCGAUUUUAAUUUUUUUGUUCAAUCAAAUCCUUUUAUUUUUUUCAUUCAACUUAUAACUUUUUAUUUUCCGUCCGUUCAAUAUAUCAUUGAACGUACAACAAGAUCAUAUGUUUCUGAUGCAAAACUGGCUAAUUGUGUCUCUCUUGUUUCUUCUUUGAUGGAUAAUAUCAACUUUGAAUUCUCAAACGCUUCACAAGGAAGCCAGCUACAGUCGCAGCCGCAACCGCCUCAGCCGUUUAAUUUGCAAAACUUGAAUAACAUGAUUCAAUACAAUCAACCAUCAUCUCCAUGGACUACCGAAACCUUCUCGGGUUUUCCUCCAUACGAUUGCUCGGCCAAUCAAUCUUUCCCCUUACAAUGUUCAUCUUCGAAGCCCUACCCUUCCUCGUUUCAUCCGUACCAUCAUCAAUCUUCGGAUCAUACAUCAUCAUUAGACCAAACCAUAUCGAUGGUUCCUAUGCUGCCUCUUCCGGAUCAAUAUAUGAAGCCAUUAUAUCAAAGAUCAUGCGCGAACGAUUUUGCUGCAGCAAAUGCUUCAUCAGCCUCAUACUCGCUUUCUUUUGAAGCAAGUCAAGAUCCACAAGAACUAUGCAGGAGGACCUAUAGUAAUUCUAAUGUAACACAUCUUAAUUUCUCAUCAUCGCAUCAAUCUAAACAAAUUCAUCCAAAAUUUCCUUCUCAUACUUCAUUCUCAAGCCAUGGAGGGCCGGUGGCUCCUAACUGUGUGAACAAGACACGAUUAAGAUGGACUCAAGAUCUUCAUGAGAAGUUUGUAGAGUGCGUUAAUCGCCUUGGUGGUGCUGAUAAGGCAACGCCCAAGGCGAUAUUGAAGCUGAUGGAUUCUGAUGGACUCACAAUAUUUCAUGUUAAAAGCCAUUUACAGAAGUAUAGGAUUGCUAAAUACAUGCCUGAGUCUCUAGAAGGCAAAUUUGAGAAGAGAGCUUGUGGUAAAGAGCUGUCUCAGCUUGACACAAAAACUGGAGUACAGAUUAAAGAGGCACUCCAGCUUCAACUAGAUGUUCAGAGGCAUCUUCAUGAACAACUAGAGAUUCAACGAAACCUACAACUAAGAAUCGAAGAACAAGGGAAACAGUUGAAAAUAAUGAUGGAACAACAACAAAAAACAAAAGAGAGUCUUAUGAAGACACCCGAAGCUGAAGCAUCAUUGUCUCUUCCCGCUUCCGAUCACACUCCUGAUCCUCCGCCACCUUUCUUGGUACAAGACGACGACACUGAAGCCCUGAUGCUAACAAGUUAUGGAGACAAUCAACUCCAGUCAAAGAUUAGUUGAAAAAAAAAAAUGAGAGAUAUUGGCUACAUAGAAAAGGGCCUAAAAGCAUGUUUCUACUCUAUUCAAAAUGGUAUAAAGUCAUAAGAGUCGCGACAAGAGAAUGUCCAAAGUGCUACACACACUAACACUUGGGAACAGAAUCAGGUACUAAAUGUGUGCAAGUGGUGUGUGAUGGGGUCUCAUUAGUCAAUAGAGUAAUAGAUGUGUGAGAUUAUUCUUAAUUAACUAUAUUUUGUGUUAUAAACUCACACGAAGAGAGAUGGCUUCUUAAAUUAGUAACGCUACUUUUAAAAAAUUGUGCACGAGGAACCCCACCUUUUUCUCCUUUUGCUUUCUUAGUCAUUUCUACUUUGAAUAUUCAGUUUCUUUAUAUAUA